AUGCCACAUGAAUACGACUCCAAAGUGAACUUGCACCUCGAUAUAAAUCAUGGACUUGAUAGAGUGACAGAAUUGGUCCAAACUCGUCUAAUUGAGAGUGGCUGGAGAGAUCAAGUGAGGCUAGCCUGUCGCAAGGCGAUUACAGAAAGUGGUGAUAAACAUGUACCAUCUGUGGAUGAUUUAGUUACACAGGUCACUCCUAAAGCAAGGGCAAUGGUCCCUGAUGCUGUUAAACGAGAAUUAUUACAUGAAUUAGAAUUGAUUCUUAUGAAUGUUGAUAAAGCAGGAUACAGUAAAAGUUUUUGA